AUGGUAUACACUAUAGCCGAGCGAGUUGAAUUAGUUUAUACUUAUUUCAAAAACAAUGACUGUGCAAGACAAACAGCACGACUAUUUAAUGUAAGACAUCAGGACAAAAAUGUCUCUCAUACUUAUAUUAGGAAACUGAUGGUAAAGUUUUUGGAAACUGGAACAGUGGAGAACAAAAAAGAUAAUCCGAUUCGUGUCGUUAGGAAUGAAGGUAUGCAAAUCGUAGUCAUAGGGCACAUUGCAAUGGAUAACACCUUCAGUACUAGGCAAUUAUUGUCCGAAGUUUCCGGCAUAUCACGAACAAGCGUAAGGAGAAUUUUGAAGGUUCACAAAUUUUACCCCUACAAGAUACAAUUGCUUCACGAACUUAAUGAGGAUGAUUAUGAUCGACGAUUACAAUUUGUAGAAGAAAUGAGUGAACGAGAGUCUUAUACUCAAAAUCCUGAAAAGUUAAAUGUCUGGGCAGGUAUUCUAGGCAAUAACAUAAUUGGACUAUUCUUUUUACAAGGCAAUUUCACUGAGGCUAUGUAUCUGACUUUACUUGAAGAAAAUAUUGUUCCUAGAAUAAGGGAAGUUAUUGCUGAAGAUAAUAAUUUGUCGCAAAAUGAAAUGUUUUUUCAACAAGAUGGAGCCCCACCGCAUUAUGCAGCACCCGUUCAGCAAUUUCUAAAUGAAAAUUUUAGAGACCAUUGGAUUGGCCGAAGAGGACCUAUUGAGUGGCCUGCAAGGUCCCCUGAUCUUUCACCUCUGGACUUCUUUCUAUGGGGCCAUUUGAAGUCUAAAAUUUAUAAAACACAGCCAGCUUCUCUUCAAGUUCUACAAGAACGAAUAACUAAAGAGUGUCAAAGGAUAACUACCGAUAUGUUGCAGAAUGUUAGAGAAGAGGUAGAGAAUCGAUUUUAUUAUUGCAUAAAUGUUAAUGGAGGACAUUUUGAACAGUUUAUUAAAUAA